AUGUCCUUGAGCUCCAGCGCAACCACUCUACGCAAGAUCAUCGAAGACCCCAAUGGCUUCGUGUGUGCCCCGGGUGUAUACGAUGGCCUGUCAGCGCGACUAGCCCUGGCAGCUGGAUUCGAGACCCUGUACAUGACCGGCGCAGGAACCGCAGCCUCCGUCCACGGCCACGCAGACCUGGGCGUCUGCACCCUCAACGACAUGCGCGCCAACGCCGAAAUGAUCGCAAACCUCUCCCCUAGCACCCCUCUCAUCGCCGACGCAGACACCGGCUACGGCGGCCCGAUCAUGGUCGCCCGCACCACGGAGCAAUACGCCCGCUCCGGUGUCGCGGCCUUCCACAUCGAGGACCAAGUCCAGACCAAGCGGUGCGGCCAUCUCGGCGGCAAGCAGCUCGUCGAUAUCACGACAUACACGACUCGCAUCCGCGCCGCGGUGCAAGCGCGCAAGCGCAUCGGUAGCGAUAUCGUGGUGAUUGCGCGCACCGACGCGUUGCAGUCGUUCGGGUAUGAGGAGAGUCUGGCGCGCCUGCGUGCUGCGCGGGACGCGGGUGCCGACGUGGGCUUCUUGGAGGGAGUCUCGUCGCGGGAGAUGUGUGCGCAGGUGGUGCGUGAUCUUGCGCCGUGGCCGAUACUGCUGAAUAUGGUGGAGCAUGGGUCUACGCCGACUGUGUCUGCGCAGGAGGCGAAGGAGCUUGGGUUUAAGUUGAUUAUCUUCCCAUUUGCGACGCUUGGGCCUGCGAUGACGGCGAUGAGGGAGACGUUGGCCAAGUUGAAGCGGACUGGGUUGUUGGGCUUGGACCCGGAGUUGACGCCGCAGAUGUUGUUCCGGGUUUGUGGGUUGGAUGAGAGUGUGAAGUUGGAUGCUGAGGCUGGGGGUGCGGCGUUUGAUGGGGGUGUGGAUUUGCAGGAGAAGUGA